AUGGUCAUCCGCAUGGGCCCCGGCUAUGCCUGCCUGUAUGUCGGUUAUGUCAAACAGUCCCUCUUCGGUUCUCCAAACUCCUGGAGUCAGAUGGAUAUCACCAACCAACUCAGCAGAGCAGGAAUUAACAUGAGCAGCUCAGUAGGAGCAAGCAAAAAGAAAGAUCAAGUCCCUUUGCCUUGUUCCAUUGCUUCUUCACGGAAAACUAGUGGCCUACGGACUAUUGCAAAAAUCCUAGAUUCUGGCCAUGUGUGUGGCAUCCCAACAGAUACUGUGUAUGCUCUGGCAGCUUCCUGUAAACACCCAAAAGCUAUUGAAGGAAUUUACAACAUAAAGGAGCGUCCUGCUGAGAAGCCUAUUUGUAUCUGCAUCUCCAGUCUCGAUCAGCUUUCUGCAGUGCAUCCUCCAUUCAGCCCCUUGCUCUGGGAGUUUAUGAACCAUGUCUACCCUGGAGGGAUGAGCUGCAUUGUGAAGAAAGGAGAAUGGCUGAAGAAACUAGGUGUUGGUGCUGCAUAUGACCAUGUUGGUACCAAGGACAGCAUCAUGAUCCGUGUUCCUGACCAUACUGUGACAGCACAUCUCGUGAAUAUGACUGGGCCACUAGCAAUUACAUCAGCCAACCCAAGUGGGGAGCCUGAUAGCAUCCAUCAUGACAUGGUUAUCUCACGCCUGGGGCACAAAAUUGAUGCUGUUUUAUGUGACGGAGACUCCAAUGAACUGGUUGCUUCCACUGUCAUCAACUGUACUAAGAUUGAUGAAGAAGGAAUCACCAUUCUAAGAGAAGGAUGUGUCCCAACAGUGAGAGUUAUGCAGAUUUUUGAACAAGUGAAGAACAAGCUUGACUAAUAGCAAACCCCCACUGAAAGAAUGUUUCAGAACCAACAGAUAACAAAGAUACAUGGAGCACUGGCAUAAAGUCACAGAGUGCAAGCAAUAGCAGUCACAAUGUGUUACACAGGGAUAAUUUCACAUUAUGUUUGAUAAAUGUGGCAGUAGGCCUAAUGCAAUAAUAUCUACAAUUUUCCUUUCAUUAAAAGGAAUAUGGGAAAUUGUGAGUUUUUGCACUUUUAUAGGUAUUAGUUCCCUUUAUCCAAGCAACAUUUUAUAUCGUUGGGCUGAAAAGGCCUGAUAUGAAGCUGAUAUGAUUUCUGAAGAAGGGUAACGACCUGAAACAUUACCUUUCCUGCUCCUCUGAUGCUGCCUGACCUGCUGUGCUCCUCCAGCUCCACACUGUUGUCUCUGAUAUGAAGCUGGCUGGGAGAUAAAAAUCCUACAAACAGGGAAUAUUAAUAAUUCAAUAAUUCUGCCAUUCUGAUGUAUAAAGCAAAAGUCCUAAAAUUUUUUUAUUCAAAUAAGUGUUGACAUGCAUCUUCACUUAGAAAUAGAUCUUAGUCAAUGUUAGGGUGACGCCUGUAUGGCUCAGAUGUGAAGUUUGGUGCUACCCAAACUGUCAUCAUGUUACAUUCCGAUGUGAGGAUAUGAAGUUGAGUACCACAUUAUUUGUGGUGUCAUAUAUGUUGAAAGAAUAGCUUAAAUAUCUCAGUAAGCCUCAAACUACCUCUAUGACAUUAGCCUUCCAGUCAUAAUAAUGGCGGCAAUUGCACAUUUUCAACUAAUUGCAAUCUAAUAGUGAGUCCGUCCUUUCUGUUAUUGCAAAGCUAAAUUAUGUUUUUUGGCAACACUGGUUUUAUUAAAAAGAUACCACUUAUAAAUACAAAUAUAAAUACCAGAACAUAGAAGGAAAAACUGCCUAUUCUGUGAAUUUGGAGUAAAAACAGAACACAGUGAUGUGAAAUUCAAAAGAAGGCUAACAAAUCAGGGAUGAUCCUUGAUCAGAAUUGCUAGCCAUUUUUAUUACUUUAAUAGAUCUAAAUUAGAAUACAGUUUAUAGUGUGUUCAACAGAUAUUUUAUUAGUUAAUACAUAAAAAUAAUGGAAAAGAAAUAUUGUUGGAAAAUAUUGAACGCGAAAAAAAUUCCUAAUAGAAAUUAACCAGAAAUAACUUGGAGUUAUUUCAUAUUUUUGUCAUUAUUUUGGUACUUUAACCCAGUCAUUUGAAAUCAGUCGAAAUUUAUUUCAAGAGGGCAAAUAGUUUAAUUCCAUGUAAAUGUAUUGUGCUAAAAUUGUACAGUAAUUUCUAGACUUUUGUAUAUUAGCAGCUGGUGCUAAAAUCUUUGUAUUGUAAUGUUUUGUUACUUUUCUUUGUAACUUUUCCUGAAAGGGCUGUGGAAGCAGAUUAAAUAAUAAUUAUCAGUAGGAGAUUGGAUAAAUAUUUGAAACAAAGUGAUUUAGUGAAACAGACACAGUUAUUAUUUGUUUGGAUGUGCCUUUGGUCUUAAUCAAAUGUGCAAUUUUGCCAAAACCACUUGAAUACCAAAUAUCGUGAAUCCUGGGAGAAAGUGAAGGAAAUAACGAUGGAGGUUUGAUGAAGUAAUAUUUGAUAGUUUUGAAUUAUAAGUCUUGUAUAAAGGAAAUUAUUUGUACAUUA